GGCGGCCCCGGCCACCACCACCUGUUGCAUCCCCGGUGGUCACAUCCAAGACCAUACUUGCUGCAUCCCGUCAAUCAUCGGCAGCUCCUACAACUCCCACCGUUUCCUCCCUUUUCCAGCUGCAAAUGAUUUUUUUCAAGUGCCGGUCUACCUCUUGUUUCACCCAGAUCUGGGAAAAACGCCAGAUGGACUUCGUCAACGCCGUGGUGCGGCGGCGCACUGCUCAACUGGAGGCAUGGUACGUCGACUGGCCGAACCCCACUACUCGAGCUCCACCGGAUGCACCGCCGUUGACUUCUUCCUGUCCCGCUGCCCGCUCCCUCGACGACGCUGCAUCGACAGCCAUGUGCUUCAGAAGUACCCCUGCGUGCUAGCUCUCCUCUGCCCACCACGACAGUGUUUCACUUGGAUCUGGGAGGAACGGCUCAUGGACUUUGUCAACGCUUUUGUAAGGAUGAGCACAGCCGCCAUUGAGGGGGAGAUGCGGGUUGCCAGGACCGAAUCAAAGUGGAGAAUCCAUCAGCUGGAACACAAGUUGGAAGUCGCCAGGCGUGAGUUGUCCGACGCCAUUGGUGAGAGGGAUGGUCUCAAUGCAGUUGCUUCUAGAUUAGCUGAUCAACUUCAGUCAAGAGACCGGAGCAUUUUCUUCUAUAGAUUGGCGUUUUUAUAUGCAUGAUUUGCAUGAUUUUUAGAUGGGGGGUUUAGCUGCAGCGGUGCAUUUAUUCUUCCCUCAUCUCUAUACAAUCAUCAUAGAGUGUGGGCUGAUGCAUUUCGAGGUGCAUAGAGGGAAAAUUGAUGUUCCGGGUUUAGGGUUGAGUAUUGCUAUAGGAGUUGAUCGCCAUUCAUAAAAAGACUAUUUUUAUAUGCUGUGGCUUGAUAUUUCAAUUCCUGAGCAUGGAUAUUUUGUUUUGCAUAUGGUGAAGUUGACCGUCCGGUGGAUUUAUCCCGAUUUGUAAAAAUCUUGAUUCUUUUAGUUACCAGUUUGCUUUAA